UUACAUUUACUUGGCUCCAUACUCUCACAUUCGGUCUGAGAAGAAGCGGAGAAAAUUGCAAAAAGAAAUUUAACAAAAAUAAACAAAAUAAAUUAAUUGUGCUACACAAAAAAGUACUGUAAAUACUUUCAAUUUAUAUCAAGCGGAAAACAAAUCAAUAUAAAUAAAGUGAAAAAGCGCCAAAAUUGUAACAAAGAUAAAACAAUAAGAAAUUCUUUCUUUCCUUUUUUUGUGGUGGACGACUACCGUACCGUUUGUGUUUCGUUUUCUCUUUUUUUUAAUCGCGGACAUAUUUUUCCAUAUUGCCGAAAAGAAAAAAAACAAAAAAAAAGUUUAAGAUUUUGCUAACAAACCUCUUUAAGAAAUCAAGAGGCGAUUAAUACCAACCACUGUUUUAAAAACUCGGCAUAAAGAAACAACUAUUGGAUGCAACCAGUUAUCAAUAAGAAACACACGCACACACAAUCAACAAAGGAAUCAUCCAUCACAACACCAAAAAUCAUCAACAUCAUCAUCACCACCACCACUAACAACUCAUCAUCUCAUCAGCAUAUAUUACCUGCAAUUUUCAUUUCAUUUAUGCGCCCUUCAAUUCUGACAAAAUAAACUAAAACAAAGGCUAAAGAAAACAACAGACCGAACGAACCGAACCGAACUGAAGAAACCAAAGAAUUAUUUAAUUUCUACAAAAAAACAUAACAACAAGGACUCGCUGCAAUACAUUCUAUUUUGUUUUCUGUACCACAUACAAUCUUUCAUCUAGCAAUCAAACAAACGAACAAACAAACAAAUAUUUGUUAUUCCCAAGAACUUUUGAAGAGAUAUUAAUCAAUCAAUACCAAUACUUUAUUAAUAUUCUUUGCAGAGACGCUUAUCAUCAGGCGGUUAUUAUGAAAGGCAACCUAUAUAAAAUGUCUCGUAACAAGGACAAAUAUGAAAGUGCAAAUCGUAGACAACAGAUCUUUAUGUCACCUGAAGAUGUGGCUGCUGGCAAAAAAUCCAAUUGGACAGGCAUUGAAAUUACAGGUUGCGUUCGUAACAUCAGUCCUUCUCUGUGGGAAUUUGAACACUUAACCGCACUAUAUUUAAAUGAUAAUCAUUUAUUACGUUUGCCCGCCGACAUUGGCCUAUUGGUAAAUUUACGCACAUUGGACGUAUCAAGCAAUAAAUUGCGUAGCUUGCCAGCAGAAUUGGGUGAAUUGAUACAAUUGAGAGAACUUUUAUUGAAUAACAAUUUUCUCCGCGUAUUGCCAUAUGAAAUUGGCAAAUUAUUUCACUUGCAUGUUUUGGGUUUAAUGGGUAAUCCAUUACAAAAGGAAUUUCUCUCCAUUUACAAUGAACCGAACGGUACACAGAAAUUACUAACAUAUAUGCUGGAUAAUUUGUCAAUUUCUGUAACACCACCACCUCAGAGGCCAUGGAUACCAUUGGCGAAGCCCAACAAGUCCAGACCGGCAUGUCUCUUCACCGUCAUGUGUUACAAUGUGUUGUGUGACAAAUAUGCCACCCGACAAAUGUACGGCUAUUGCCCCUCAUGGGCCUUGAAUUGGGAGUACCGCAAAAAGGCCAUUCUCGAUGAGAUACGUCACUACUCGGCGGACAUUAUCAGUUUGCAGGAAAUCGAAACGGAGCAAUUCUAUAACUUUUUCCUGCCCGAACUCAAGAAUGAUGGCUAUGAGGGUAUCUUUUCGCCGAAGUCGAGAGCCAAGACAAUGUCCGAAGUGGAACGUAAAUAUGUGGAUGGUUGCGCUAUAUUUUUUAGGACCUUAAAAUUCUCUCUCAUCAAAGAGCAUUUGAUUGAAUUCAAUCAACUGGCCAUGGCCAAUGCAGAAGGAUCUGACAACAUGUUGAAUCGUGUUAUGCCCAAGGACAAUAUUGGUCUGGCCGCUUUGUUGAAGGUCAAGGAUAAUGCCUGGGAUCCCGAGCUGGAUGUAACCCAAACCUCGCAGGCUUUGUUGGUAUGCACGGCCCACAUCCAUUGGGAUCCGGAGUUCUGUGAUGUCAAACUAAUUCAGACCAUGAUGUUGAGCAACGAGUUGAAGACGAUAAUUGACGAGGCCAGUCACAGCUUUAGACCUGGCCAUAAGAAUGACUUGAACAGUGUACAGCUGUUGUUGUGUGGCGAUUUCAACUCCCUACCCGAUUCGGGUGUGGUGGAAUUCUUAAGCAAGGGUCGUGUCAACAUGGACCACAGCGAUUUCAAGGAUAUGGGCUACAAGUCGUGCCUGCAACGUUUACUCUCGAAUGACACCUCAGAAUUUACGCAUUCCUUUAAGUUGGCCUCGGCCUACAGCGAGGACAUAAUGCCCUAUACGAAUUACACGUUCGAUUUCAAGGGCAUCAUCGAUUAUAUUUUCUAUACAAAGACGGGCAUGGUGCCGCUGGGCCUAUUGGGGCCCAUAUCCAAUGAAUGGUUACGCGAGAAUAAAGUUGUUGGCUGUCCGCAUCCACACAUACCCUCCGAUCAUUUUCCACUGCUGGUGGAAUUGGAACUGAUGCAUACGGCAAGUCAACAAUUGCCACCAAAUGGUCUAAUUAGUCGGCGGUAGCAAUAAAACUUAUGUGACAAGACAACGUUAACAGCCUUUAGUAAUAGUAGCAAGAACAACAGCAACAUUAUCAACAACAACAAGAAUAACCAAAAUAUUAACAACAACAACAACCACCACCAGAAUAGCAGGGAGUACAUUUUACAAAAGCAACAACAACAACAAAAAACACAUUCAAUAGGAGAAUUACAAAAUGAUUCUGGUAAUCAAGUAAAAGCUGCCGUUGUCCAUUUUUUAGAAACUCAUAUCGCCGUCGCCUUUAUCAUUUUCUUCGUUAACGAUGUUGUCGUUAUUAUCAUCAUCGUCGUCUACGUCUACGUCGUCGUUGCCGUCAUCAACAACAUUAAACAAAAACAAACAACAACAAAAAUAAUAAUAAAAUUAAAAUUAUUAUUAAAAACAACCACCUUCAACACAAGGACCACAGGAACAAUCUUUAUAAAACUACAACAACAACAACUGAUGUCAUGAUCAUAAUGAAAGCCCACAACAAAAAAAAAAUACAAAAACAAAUAAACAUAAUUUAUUUUUUAAGUUUUUAAAAUUUAAUUAAUUAAAACAAAACAAAAAACACAAAAAAGUAGCAAUUUAAACCAUUUUAUGUUUCCUAUCCUCUUUUUUUCCUUUCUCCCAAACUGUCUCCAGUCCUCCCCCCCUCUCCCCUCUAUGUCUUUUCAAGCACAAUUCUUUGCAGUUAUUUAGUUUUCAAUAUUUCCCUUGCAUUCUCCCACCCCUCCUCCCCUACCGUUUUUGUUUAAAUAGAUUUAUAUUUAUUGUCAUUGUAGCUAUAAUUUUAAGUCCAAUAAUUCUCCCAGCACGUUACGCUCCAAAAACCUGCUUAUUAUUAUUUUCUUUAUUCUUCGUAUUGUAUUGAUUGCGCUAUACUAUGUUCCGGUUAAACAAACAAACAACAACAACAACAAAAAAACUGAACGAUUAAAGAGAUGUGUUUAGGUGUUAUAACAAAUUUUUAGGAAAGAAAGAAAACAAAAAACAAACCAAUAUUAAAAUAAAACAAACAACCACAAAAAACAAAACAAAUAAAUAUUUAAAGUAUAAAAAAUCAUUCUAUACAAA